AUGGCCACUGAAGAGAACCAAAUGGUCCUGUCUCUCCUCUGUGCCUUUGGGACCUGGUACAACAGCUCUGGCCACGCUGAGAGACAUAGCAGAAUCUCCUCUGAGACCAGCGGCAACACCUCAGACACUACAAACACUACUACCAACUACUUCCAGAGGCAGGUGGAGCUGUUCACCCGCGAGUGGCACGUCUUCCUGCCUCCGCGCCACUCCAGGGCAAUGCAUGUUUGCCCCAUCCUGGGCUUCCUGGCGGUUUCCCUGGUGAUUCCAGUCAUCCUCACCCGAAUCCUGACCAGCCCCUGGAUGCGCCAGGAGACCCGCUAUCUCCUCCUGGCCAAUGCAUUGCUAAGCGACAUGCUGUUCAUGUCGCUGUACAUGGUGAGCGCCUGUCUGAACGCGACGGGCGUGCUGAUGUCAGAGUGGGCGUGCGCUACCAUCCUCUUCCUGUUGGGGGUGCUGUACUGCGCUGGGAUCCUCAGUACCAAGGCCAUGGUGCUGGACACAUCACUGGCCGUGAUGGCUCCACUUCGAUACUACGCCCUGUGGCCCGUCUCCAGGACGAGGAGGGCGAUCGCUGGUAUCUGGGCUGUAUCUGUGUUCUUACCAGCAGCGUCUGUAGGGGUGUUUGUGUGGUACCACUCUACUGGACCCUGCUCCCUGCACAUCUGCUCCCUGCCCCUCUUCCUGGUCCUCACCGUCAGCCAGUCCACUCCCAUGCAGGUGUCCAUGCUGCUGACAGUAACAGGCAUCCUCCUCAUCCUGCUCCUGGUCUUCUCUGGCUAUGUCGUUCUGUACUGUCGCACCCGCAUGUCUGGCGUGUGGAGAGGAGAACGCUCCUCCCGGGCCAAAGGCACAUUCCUCAUCCACUACCUCCACCUCUUCCUGUCCUUCCUGCCCAUGUUGGUGCUUCUCAUCAAGCUACUGCUCUACUGCCACCUUGAUGCCCUGGACCUGCGUGCCAACCUGUGGGUGUCCCUGGUGGUGUGUAACAUCCUCCUGGUGCUCCCCAAGGCCCUGGCUCCCUACCUUUACGGCUUCAGGUACAGAGACCUGUGUGAGGCCCUGUUGGCCUUUUAUGGGCUGAAGCGGCCCACCGCCAUCUCGCCUGUCAUGUGA